AUGCCACAGACUUGGUGUGGUGGUGUUAUUAUUCCCAUUUAUAAAUCGGGCGGACGAAGCGAUCAGGCAAACUACCUGGGUAUCUGUGUCUCCAGCUGCCUGGGAAAACUAUUUUGUUCCAUCUUAAACCAACGACUUUUCGAGUAUAUCGUUUUCUUUGAAUAUACUCCACAAAUCUCAAAUUGGCUUUUUACCGAAUAACCGCACAGCAGACCACGUCUUCACUCUCCGAGUACGUUCAUAAUCACAACGGAAAGAUCUAUGCUUGUUUUGUAGAUUUCAAAGGCGCUUUUGACUCGGUCUGGCAUGACGGGCUCUUGAAUAAGGUGCUGCAAAUUGAUGCAGGUGGUUCUUUUUAUAACUAAAUUAAAAACUUGUAUCACAACUCUUCCUGCUCGAUUAAAAUUGCCCCAAAACAGACGCGAUCAUUGCGUUAUGCGAGAAUUGUGCGGCAAGGCUGUAUCUUAAGUCCACUGCUUUUUAAUCUUUACAUUAACGACCUACCUUUCGCAUCUGAAAAUACAUUAUCUGAUCCUUUUGUUUUGCCAAACGGUGCAAAACUAAAUUCUCUAUUAUAUGCAGACGAUUUAAUCAUUUUAUCACGAUCCAAAACAGGACUACAAAAUUGCCUCGAUAAACUAUUUUCAUUCUGUACUUCAUGAAUGAUGAAAAUCAAUCGCCAAGAAAACAAGAAUUAUGGUUUUUCAGAAACGUGCGAGAAAAAAUGCUGAUUUUCACUUUCUCAUAGAUAGUCAAAUUAUUGAUGUUGUACAAGAGUACACUUACUUAGGAACUCGAAUGUCCUCAUCGGGAAAUUUUUCAGUCACGUGAACAUCUCAAGGAGAAAGCUCUUCAUGCACUCUUCAGCUUGAGAGGACACACGAAUCUUAGCAAACUAAAAGCAGCUCUCGCCUGUAAAAGAUUUGAUACUAUGAUCUCUCCUAUUCUAACAUAUAACAGUGAAAUUUGGAGUGUGUAUGCCAAACCAGAUUUUAAGACCUGGGAAGGCUCACAAAUCGAGAAGGCACACCUUCAAUUUUGUAAACGAAACUUGAAGCUAUACAACAAAGCUUCUAAUAUGGCUUGUAGAGCAGAGCUUGGUCGUGUUCCUUUAAAUAUCUCUAUCAAUCAAAAAAUUCUCAAAUACAUUUUGUAUAUACAGUCUAAAGAUGAGAGAUCUCUCGUCAAACAGGCUUUUUUAAUGCCAUUCGACUUACACUAUAAUGGCAAAAAUAGCUUCCACUCUCAUUUAAUGAAUAUGUCAAAAUACUUCAAGCUUACUGACUUUAAAAAUGAUUUUUUAGAUAUACCUAUGGUAAAAAGCUAUGUAAGUUCAAUGAAACAGGAAUAUAUCUCAUCUUGGCAAAACACCCUUCAACAUUCUCAAAAACUUGAAUUUUAUAGAUCUUUUAGAACCGAUCAUACCUCUUCUAAUGACUCUAACUAGCAUCAAUUCUUUGAUGUUUCGAACUCAUAUUUGCAUCGUCAACAGUACAUACGAAGUAGAAAGAAGGCACACUUCGGACGGCGAGCUUUGUACUAUAGUAAUAGCACUGCUACGACUCAGCUCUUACUGUUGACACUAUCUGGAAAUGUGGAGUCUAAUCCCAGCCCUCAAGGAAGUCAUAAUAACUCUUCUAAAACACUAUGUGCUUAUUAUGCUAAAGCCAUGAGACGGAAUCAAAAUGGCGUCCGCUGCUCGUCCUGUUUGGCAGUAUUCCAUAACAAAUGUACGAAAAUGAGCAAAAAUGAGCUGUCCUACUGCCGGAGAGAAGGGACCUGGAUUUGCUUUACUGGUAUGCCUCAGUUUUCUGAUAGCUUCUUUGACGAUCUGUCCCCUUCAACGGCCUACGAUUUAAGCUCCAAUGGCGAGGAUUUUGAGAUUGUAGAGGAACAUUCAGUGGACUCUGUUGACUGGUUUUCUAGGAACGUCAAUGGCUACUACAAGUCCAAUCUGAAAAUAGCUUACUUCAACGUCAACUCUUUACAACAUAAGCUUGACGAGGUGAAAAAUAUGCUUAACAAGAGCCUAUUUGACAUUCCUUUUAUUUCCGAGACAAAACUCGAUGGCACAACCUCAGAUAGUUUUCUCCAACAACCGUGAUAUCGCACUAUUCGACGUGGUCGUAAGAAAGGAGCUGGUGGUUUGAUAGCUUUUGUACGUGAAGAUCUUCCUGUCUGUCGACGACGUAAUCUGGAGCCUGAAUCAGUCGAAUCAUUAUGUUUAGAUUACAUGGAAGCAAGAAAGGCUCGCUCUAUAGUGUGUGCGUGCUACAGAUCACCUAAAUUCUGUCAAAUCACUGAUUUCUUGUCGUCGCUUACAUCAGCCACAGAGCUUAUGUACGAGAGCCGUCAGGAAAUAUUAUUUAUUGGUGAUUUUAAUAUCGACAAGCUCGUUAGGUAGCAUGGUGAUGAUCCAGAGAAUAACUCACUCAUGGACUUUUGCGAUAGGUUUUGUUUGCAAAACCAAAUAAGUGAACCGACUAGGGUGGCUGAAAAAACAAUGAGUUUACUUCACGUUAUUCUCGCUAGCCAUCCAGAACGAUACGCAACUUGUGGUAAUUUGCAUAUGGGACUCAGCGACCACGAUCUUGUUUAUGCAGUGCGAAAGAAUAAAUUACCAAGGGCUAAGGCACGUGUAAUUGAAUACAAAGUAUGCGACCAGAAAAAGUUGACAUGCAGACAGCUUUUUCUAGGAAAAUCAAAGGGUAGGCAAUAGAAAAACGAAAAUUAACAAUUGCAAAAAAGAAUUAAAGAAGUCUGUUACAAGUUUAGCUCAAAUGUGGGUAGUUGUAGCAGCAUUCUGACUCUCUUUUUUGUAGAAAGUACUCCAGGAUUGUGUUAAAAGGUAACGUGAAAGCCAGAUGAAAGUGUAGAAAAACAUGUGAGCUGUUGCUGUUGUUGUCCAAUCAGAAGCCAGUAUUUCACCUCUGCAGUAGACUUAGCAAGAAAAAUGCGACUCUGAUACAGGAUAGUUUUCCAAAUAGCCUCAGUAGGUGAUAAAUGAUCGGUAUGUCAGUACCCUACCCUGCAGAUUCUAAAAUAACUUUCAUUGUUAAAAUAGGGUCACUCUUUUUGGAUCCAGAGUAAUUUGAACCACUGAUUGAUUUAAUAUAAUAUAAUCUCUUACCCAGAUCUCACUCUGUUUUACACUUUUUUCCCUUGGCCGUGGGAGAUCUGGUUACGAGAUUAAAUAUAAUAAGGAAGCUUUCCUGCAGGAUUUUGAAUUGAUUGAUUACCUUUAUUGAACUUGCAUUAUUAAGUGUUAAUAUUUAAUUGAACAAGCACUUUAAGAAAUUUAAGAAACAUACAAUGAGACAAAAGCUAAGCUAAUGCUAACCACAAAUCUUUGCACCACUCUUGACGUCAUAACUCUCUCGCAAGGCUCCUUGGGUCGACUUUGAUGUACAUUUUAUUGCAUCAGUCUCUAAGGUCCAAAAAAUGCAUUUUUUGCACCAAAGGGUAAAAUAUAGGCCUACGACCAUUUUACAGUCUCUAGUCAGCUGACUGAAUUCGUUUCGUUCUGCAGUAAACGCAGAAUACCCUGCCACAUUGACUACGUGACUGAAAAAAAAAUGGCUACAUGGUAUGCGAAAUUAAUUCAAACGUGGCAUGCUUGUUUUACUUAAGGCCUUUUUUCAAAGAACGGAGAACUCACUUGCAUAACACGCGCGUUCACUUCGGGAAUUCACAAAAUUAAUGUCCAGUGCUGGCCACAAGAUCUCUACUUUCCUUUUUCAUCCUUAGUUCCAUACUUCUCAGAGGUUUGGAAGUGUGGAAAAGUCUGACAAACUCAGGAUAAUGUCACACUUUUCCCACAGGCACUAACCCCUUGUCAUUCUUGACUUAGUUCCACACUUCUCAGAGGUCUGGAAGUGUGGAAAAGUCUGACAAAGUCAGGAUAAUGUCACACUUUUCCCACAGGCACUAAUCUGUUGUCAUUACUUUGUCAGACUACUCCACACUUCCACACCUCUGAGAAGUGUGGGACUAAGUAA